GGAAUAAAGCUUCCAAUGGAAGCAUCAUAUUCCCUUGAAAUAGAAAUGUUUUCGCCUGUAUGAGCAUAUCUGACUCUUGAAAAGAACUGAGAUCAUCUUUCAUUUCAAGAUGAUCAAUGCUUCAGGAUUCUCUUUUAUAAUAUCCUGCAUCCGUUUAUGAUAUCAUCAAGGAGAUAUUUGGAGCAGAGCAACCACUCAGUUACAUAGGAUUAAGAAUGGCAGAUUAUUGGCAAACAGAUCAAAAUCCCAAUGAAUCACAUGAAGAGCAGCAUGAGCACCAAGUAUUUCACUCUAUAAAAAAACCACUUUCUCCUAGCCAAAUCAGUCUGGGUUUUGAUCCACUAGUAGAUGAAAUCAGUAAUAAAAUUCCACUCUGUAAGAGUGAAAUUGAAGAAAACACCUAUUUUGUGCCAAGUAUACCAAAUUGGGAUUCAAAAAGGCAUUCAUUAGAUGAAGCACACCAAAUAUCCCUGAAUGAAUUUACCUCUAAGAACCCUGAACUCCUCUGGCAGCAAUUUAGGGAAACACCAGCAAUUGGUUUUAGGCCUUCUGUGCUACCAAAGCCUCAAAACAUUAAUAAAGAAAGUUCCCAGGGAAAUCCUAUGGAAAAAUAUACAUUCAAUACAGAUUACAGAUUCAAUCUUUUAGCUCCAUCGUUUGCUAGUUUUGAUAAAAUUAACUCAUGUAGAGAAUUGAGAAAUGAAAGUAGUAACUGCCAUAUAGGAUUUGAAAGUAGCAUCCUUCCUAUAGAUCCAUCCUCAACUGACUUCAUGCCGAAAGAAGACAAUAAAAGGAGUGGAAAUAUGAACACAGUGGAAACUUCUCUGACGUUCUCAAAAGGUCCUUUGCCACCCAAGACUUGUAUAAAUACCUGGCCAAAGAACAUGGAGCUGAAAGAUUGUUCCAUUCAUCUUGUUGAAGUACCUCAAGGCAGUAAUAGGAGUUUGAUUUCCUUCUGUGAUAAGGUUAAAAAAAUAAAAGAAGCAUACCAUGCAGCUGACAUGAAUUCCAAUUCUGGGAAGAUCUGGAGCAUAACAACAGUAUUUCCAUAUCAGCUCUUUUCUAAUACCAAAUUUAAUAUAAAUGUUUUUACUGAUAGCUCAACACAACUACUUCAUUUUAUGCCAUAUGCUAAUUAUCUUGUCAGAGACCUAAUUGAAGAAAUUCUACAUUUUUGUACAAAUGACCAGUUAUUCCCCAAAGAUCAUCUUCUAAGUGUAUGUGGUUCUGAAGAAUAUUUACAGAAUGAUCACUGUUUGGGGAGUCACAGGGUGUUUCAGAAAGAUAAAACUGCUAUCCUACUUCAUCUGCAGAAGAAUAGGGAAGUUCCAGGAAAGUUAUCACGAAAGCAUGAAGAUGACCAGAGUCAGUUUUAUCUGAACCAACUUCUAGAAUAUAUGCAUAUCUGGAAAGUAUCCAGACAGUGCCUUUCAACAGUAAUAAAAAAAUACAAUUUCCAUCUGAAAAACUUAUUGAAAACUGAGCAAAACGUGGAUAAUAUUAUUGAAGAAGUUAAGAAAAUAUGCAGUGUUCUGGGGUGUGUGGAAACCAAACAAAUUACAGAUGCAGUAAAUGAACUAAGUUUUAUUCUUCAGAGAAAAUCAGAGAAUUUGCAUCAAAAUUUAGAGACUUCAGCAAAAGGCUUGAUAGAGAAAGUGACGACUGAGCUAUCCACAUCUAUCUACCAUUUAAUUGACAUCUAUAGUAGCAGCUUUUAUACAGAUUUUCUGCCUGAGAAUGCACCUGGAAGCAUUUCCUGUGUAAAUCCUGGCCUGGAUUCUCACCUUAGCUUCACAGUAUAUGCAGCUCACAACAUUCCAGAAACUUGGAUGCACAGCUAUAAAGCAUUUUCUUUUUCCUGUUGGCUUACAUAUGCUGGAAAGAAGUUGUGUCAAGUGAGAAACUACAGAAAUAUUCCAGUCAAAAAAUUAUUUUUUUUCUUGGUCAACUGGAAUGAAACGAUCAAUUUUCCUCUUGAAAUAAAGUCACUUCCAAGGGAAUCCAUGCUCACUAUAAAACUGUUUGGGAUUCUCUGUGCAACUAACAAUGCAGAUUUAUUGGCCUGGACUUCUCUCCCAUUGUUUCCAAAAGAAAAAUUCAAUUUUGGGUCUAUGCUAUUCAGCAUGACAUUACAGAGUGAGCCGCCCAUAGAAAUCAUAGCUCCAGGAGUGUGGGAUACAAGUCAGCCAUCCCCAGUGACCCUGCAGAUUGAUUUUCCAACUACUGGAUGGGAAUAUAUGAAACCUGCUUCUGAAGAGAAUAGAAAUAAUCUUGAAGAACCACCAAAGGAGUAUUUAAAACAUAUUGCCAGACUUUCACAGAAACUGUCUCCCUUACUACUUUCUGAGGAAAAGAGAAGAUACUUAUGGUUUUAUCGCUUCUACUGCAAUACUGAAAACUGCUCCCUUCCUUUGGUCCUGGGUAGUGCCCCUGGCUGGGAUGAAAGGACAGUCUCAGAAAUGCAUACAAUAUUGAGAGCGUGGAAAUUUUCUCACCCUUUGGAGGCACUUGGACUUUUGACUUUCAGAUUUCCAGAUCAAGAAAUUCGUAAAGCAGCAGUCCAACAAUUAGACAGCCUCUUGAAUGAUGAACUACUGGACUAUCUCCCUCAACUAGUUCAGGCUGUCAAAUUUGAAUGGAACCUUGAGAGUCCUUUAGUGCAACUCCUACUACAUCGCUCAUUGCAGAGUGUCCAGGUUGCUCAUCGUCUUUACUGGCUGCUAAAGGAUGCACAGAAUGAAGCUUAUUUUAAAAGUUGGUAUCAGAAGCUAUUGGCUGCUCUCCAGUUCUGUACAGGAAAAGCAUUAAGUGAUGAGUUUUCCAAGGAGAGGAAACUUAUCAAAAUUCUGGGAGAUAUUGGGGGAAGAGUCAAGUCUGCCAGUGACCCUGAAAGACAGGAGGUACUGAAAAAUGAAAUUGCCAGACUUGAGGAAUUCUUUCAGGAUAUAAAUACUUGUCAUCUUCCUCUGAACCCAGCCCUGUGCAUGAAAGGGGUUGAUCGUGAUGCAUGUUCAUAUUUCACAUCUAAUGCUUUACCAUUGAAGAUUACUUUCAUCAAUACUAAUCCAAUGGGCAAAAAAAUCAGCGUUAUUUUUAAGACAGGAGAUGAUCUUCGCCAGGAUAUGCUUGUUCUGCAGAUUAUCCAAGUGGUGGAUAACAUUUGGCUGCAGGAGGGCCUGGAUAUGCAAAUGAUCAUUUAUAGAUGUCUUUCCACAGGAAAAGGCCAAGGAUUGGUGCAGAUCGUGCCUGAUGCUGUAACUCUAGCACAGAUCCAUCGUCAUUCUGGCCUGGUAGGACCGCUGAAAGAAAAUACAAUUAAAAAGUGGUUCAGUCAACACAAUCUUUUAAAGGCGGAUUAUGAAAAGGCCUUGAGGAACUUUUUCUAUUCCUGUGCUGGCUGGUGUGUGGUAACAUUCAUCCUGGGAGUCUGUGAUCGUCACAAUGACAAUAUUAUGCUGACAAAGUCAGGCCACAUGUUUCAUAUUGACUUUGGAAAAUUCUUAGGACAUGCACAAACAUUUGGAGGGAUAAAAAGGGACCGCGCUCCUUUUAUUUUUACUUCAGAGAUGGAGUACUUCAUUACAGAGGGUGGAAAAAACCCACAUAAUUUCCAAGAUUUUGUGGAGCUUUGCUGUCGAGCUUAUAAUGUUGUCAGAAAGCAAAGCCGACUGCUCUUGAACCUGCUAGAAAUGAUGCUCCAUGCAGGAUUGCCUGAGCUAAGUGGAAUCCAAGACCUGAAAUAUGUGUAUGAUAAUCUUCGUCCGCAAGACACAGAUCUGGAAGCAACUAGUCAUUUUACCAAGAAAAUAAAGGAAAGUCUGGAGUGUUUCCCUGUAAAAUUGAAUAACUUGAUCCAUACACUUGCACAAAUGUCAGCUGUAAGCCCUGCCAAGUCUACUUCACAGACUUUUCCCCAAGAAUCCUUUAUACCAGGUACAACCAGGUCAAUUCAAAGAGCGACAAUUGUAGGAUUCAACAGGAAACACAAUAAUCUGUACCUAAUCCAGGUGACACAGAGUAACAACAAAAUGAGCCUGACAGAAAAAUCAUUUGACCAGUUUUCAAAACUUCAUAGCCAACUUCAGAAGCAGUUUGCAUCACUGACUCUCCCAGAGUUUCCUCAUUGGUGGCACUUACCUUUUACAAAUUUGGACCACAAAAGAUUCAGAGAUCUUAAUCAUUACAUGCAAAAGAUAUUAAAUGGAUCAUACCAAGUUGCAAAUAGUGAUUGUGUACUUAAAUUUUUCCUUGCUGAGCCUGUGCAACAAAUAAUUGAAGAAUCAUCACUUGUGAACCUAGGUGAGACAUUUCCUGACAAGAAGCCGAAGGUACAGUUAGUCAUAUCAUAUGAAGAUGUGAAGCUGACAAUACUAGUGAAACACAUGAAAAACAUUCAUCUCCCGGAUGGCUCUGCGCCCAGUGCACAUGUUGAGUUUUAUCUUUUACCAUAUCCCAGUGAAGUUCGUAGGAGGAAAACAAAAUCUGUUCCAAAAUGUACCGACCCCACUUACAAUGAAAUUGUGGUGUAUGAUGAAGUCACAGAGCUUCAAGGACAUGUCUUAAUGCUUAUUGUGAAGAGCAAAACCACAUUUGUAGGAGCAAUUAACAUCCAACUCUGUGAUGUCCUGCUCAAUGAAGAAAAAUGGUAUUCACUGGGAAACAGUAUAAUUUGACCAUUGCCAUAAACAUAUAUGUAUUAUUCAUUAACUAAUUGUACUUGUUCACUUUUAGGCUGCUCUGUCACAUUAGCAGGACAAAUUUGUCGUCAAAGACAGGAUAAGAUACUAAGGACACAAGAAAAAGGAACCAGAAUCAGUCUUUUAGAGUUAUUUAUUCUCUACCUGAAUUUUCACUUUUUUCUUAGAAUCUUUUCUCCUUAUAUGGAGUACCAAUUAAUUGUGUAAACUUCAAUACGUAAAAUAAUAAA